AUGGCUUUGGACGAACAAACUAAACAAGAUAAUUUUAAAUUAAGUUUACUCUUUUUUAAUAGAAAAUAUGAAAAAGAUAUUAAAGUUGUAUUUAUAGGUGAUGCUGGAGUAGGUAAAUCUAGUAUUAUUACAUCGUUGGUCAAUGAUCAAUUCGUUGAGAAUCCACAAAAAGUGGUACCAGAGUUGACGUUGUCCGGUGAAUUCUGUACCACUCAUAUUAUUGAUACAUGCGAAUCCGACGAGCAGCAAGGCGGUCGUACUCAGAUGCAUUUGGAGUUGAAGCGUUCCGAUGCCAUUGCAUUGGUGUAUACAUACGACAACUUUGAUGACAGCUUGCUUGGUAUCCGCAACAAGUGGUUGCCACUACUCCAACAACUCAAUCUUCAGAAGCCACUGUUGGUCGUAGCCAACAAAGUAGACACUGUCUCACAGGAGGAAUACGAACAUUCAAAGCAGCAGGUACUCGAUACCCUCAAUUUCAUUGCCUCGCAAUACAGUGGAACUCUUCGUUGGAUCCAGUGUUCCGCCAAGACAAUGGUGAACAUACACGAGUUGAUGGAGUCGGUUCAGAGUCUGUUGGUAUUCCCCGAGGAACCACUGUAUAAUCGCGCCACAAACCAACUCACAAUGGAGUGUUACGUAGCACUCCAACGUAUCUUUAGACUGUGUGAUCUCGACAACGACGGACUGCUCAACGACAACGAGAUCAACUACUUCCAACAGCGUUGUCUUAACCAGCCAAUGUCGGCAGAGGAGAUCGAAACACUGCGAUCGUUCAUUGGCGGUCAACUCGAGAGCGGUGUAAGCGACAGUGGUUUCACCAUCGACGGAUUCAUCCUGAUGAAUCUGCUGUUCUUGGCAAAGAGCACACAGCAGACUUGGAUUGCGCUGCGUGCUUUCAACUACGACGAUUCACUGCAGUUGGCCGACGAGUAUAUCCACCCGUCACUUCAUGUCGGUACCGACGAGACUGUCUCGCUUUCGGCCGACGGCAUCGAAUAUCUUCAGAGUUUGUUCAAGCGAUUCGAUUCCAACAACGAUGGACUGCUCUCUGACAGCGAUCUAGAGAAACUCUUUGCAACUGCACCGUCGAUUCCAUUCGCCGCUGACUAUAAGAACUCUGUUGCACUUGGCAAAGACAAAGAAAUCGGUCUCCAAUCGUUUGUUUGUUUAUUCCAGAUGCUCACCAAUGUCAGCUAUCGUACGACACUCGAGUGUUUUGCCUAUCUCGGAUACAACAGUAUUUUACACGCAUCGACCUCACACUUGGUGACAAUCUCCAAGAAAUCCUCUUUCAAAAAGCCAGUCUACAAUAUCUAUGUUUUGGGUGCAAGUGCAUCUGGAAAGUCGACUCUACUCCACUCACUCAUCAAUCACUCCAUCGAUACCAACUCAAUCGCACCAACAACAGUCGGUCAUAAAACUGUUUGUUCACCAGUUGACCAAAGAUAUAUAAUUCUUCAUGAAAUUGUAGAUGGAAAAGGAUUAGUACAGGAACCAAGUGUUAUUAAUAGAGGAGAUGCAAUUUGUUUGAUGUUUGACGAGAGUGUCAAUCAAUCAUUUGAGUAUGCAGUGGAACUCUAUAAGAUAAUAUCUAAGAACUAUCCUAAUAUUCCAGUUUACUUUGUACGUGGUCAUCACCAGAUGGGUGAUUCCCCUGCUGCUGCACCAUCGAAUGAAGUUAAAACUUUCUUUAGCAAUACAUAUAAGAACGAACCCAUCGAAUUCCAUAUCAACAAAACAAGCGAAGACUACAAGAAUAUAUUUAGAAACAUUGCACAAGCCAUACAGAGUUCACUGUCGAAACAAUCUGCCGCUGGAACUCAAAAGAAAAAUACAUCGUCAUCAACCAACAACAAAUCAAAUGCCAUCGAAAAACAAAGUGGUUCUACAAGUAUUUUGAUUCUAACAUUGGUAUCGGCAGCAGUCGCAGCAGUUGGAUUCUUUAUUAUGAAAAAACUAAAAGAAGAUAAUUCAUCAUUAAGUAAUGCUUUAUUAAUGUAUGGUUAA